UCUUUCUAUCUUAUAUACAUACGGAGUGCUACAAACAAUCUCCUCAUCCAAUUAAACUCUGCGUUGCAAUAUAUAUUUAUUACAAAACCAGAAAUGGCUCCCGAGAUUGUGAAAUCAACGGUCGGAAAUGCGGAUGCGCCGGUGGUGGGCGGUCCUCGGCAUGCCUACGUCACGUUCUUGGCCGGCGACGGCGACUACGUGAAAGGCGUCGUUGGGUUGGCCAAGGGUUUGAGGAAAGUCGGCGCUGCUUUCCCGCUCGUCGUGGCGGUCCUUCCCGACGUCCCGGCGGACCACCGCCGUCUCCUGGUGGCGCAGGGCUGUAUCCUCCGUGAGAUUCAGCCGGCGUCCCCUCCCGCUCGCGCUGAUGCUCAUCACAACACGUAUGUUAGAAACUAUUUCGUUCUCAACUACUGCAAGCUUCGCCUUUGGGAGUUUGUGGAGUACGAGAGAAUGAUAUACAUGGAUGCAGAUGUGCAAGUGUUUGACAACAUAGAUCACCUGUUUGAGCUGCCAAGCGGCUAUUUCUAUGGGGUGGUGGACUGUGUGUGCGAGAUGUACGGCCGGCCCUGCGCCCAGAAACUCCGGUGGCCGGAAGAACUCGGCCCCCAGCCCCCUUACUACCUCAACGGCGGCAUGUUUAUAUUCGAGCCUAACCUCAACACCUAUCACCACCUAAUCCAAACCCUCAAACUCACCCCUCCCACGCCUUUUGCCGAGCAGGAUUUCCUGAAUAUGUUCUUUAGAGAGAACAUGAAGGCGAUUCCUCCGAUGUACAACCUGCUGGUGGCGAUGUUGUGGCGGCACCCGGAGGCGGCGGACGUGGAGGCGGCGAAGGUGGUUCAUUACUGCGUGGCGGGGUCGAAGCCGUGGAGAUUCACCGGUGAGGAAGAGAACAUGCAGAGACGAGACAUGAAGAUGCUGGUGAAGAAAUGGUGGGAAAUAUACAACGACGCGUCCUUGGAUUUCAAUGCCCAACGCCACACCAAGACUCCGGCGGCGUCGCGGCCGCCGGAGCUGGUGGUUCACUACAGGUCCGCUUCAUCGGCGGCUUGACUUGAUCAUGUUGACCACAUUAAAUAAGUGUUGAUGUUUUGUAUGUCGCUUUGUACCAAAAAUCAUAUUUAUAUAUAUGUCUUUCUACUCACUUCA